CAGUUAAUAUUUACACCUGGCGUGGUUCGGAGUUCCCGUGCGCGGUAAGUCGUCCUUGCCUUUCGGUCGCGUUCUUUGGCACUGUGGUUUGUGAAGUGGCGACCGGUCGGUCGCCGGUCAGUGAUUUUCUAGUAGCGAUUACAAUUACGACGAAUACCGAUUGAGUGGAAUUAGCCAGAUUGGAAAAAGUAUGAUAUUUUUUUAUUCAUAACACGGUUGUGAAACACAAGGAAUAGACAAAAAGUAACAACUCCCGAAACUAAUGGAUUCAAUUUGUUGAAGACACUCAGCAAGCUCCCAAGACGCUAACGAAGCUCAUGUCCAUAUGUGCAAACCGAAGACUCCUCCAUCCGGGUGCAAAACGGCUUCCACGUAAAUCGGUGUAAUUAAACGCGGUUGCUUACGGGUGCCUACACCACGGCAGCCACCCAUUGAUUACGCGAUUCCCAAACGUCAGUGACGAGCGACGACGACGACGAUAGCUGCAAUGACCUCGGUACAGGCGAUGUGGCGGACGGUGGCUUUGCUGCUGCUCGAGCUGGUGGCCACUUGUGUUCAAAAGGAUGUCUCGGGAAUCGAUCCCAAAUUCAGCGCACCGAUUUCAAAUGUGACGGUUCCGGUGGGCCGGGAAGGCGUGAUGACCUGCACCGUGCAUGAUUUAUACAAAUAUAAGGUCGCGUGGCUUCGAGUGGACACUCAAACGAUACUGACCAUCGAGACGCUGGUAAUUACCAAGAGCGAGCGCAUUACGAUUACCCACACGGAACAGCGGAUCUGGCAGCUCAGGAUCAAGGAUAUUAAGGAAUCCGACAAGGGCUGGUACAUGUGCCAGAUCAACACGGACCCGAUGAAAAGCCAGAUGGGAUACCUCAACGUUGUGGUACCCCCAGACAUUCUCGACCAUCAAACAAGCCAGGACAUGACAGUUUCCGAGGGCUCGAACGUUAGCUUAACGUGCGUUGCAACCGGAGUUCCGGAGCCGGCAAUCGUCUGGAAGCGCGCCGGCGAAAAGGCCCUCGCCAUGAUGGAAAACUCAGGAAUCACCACCCACGACGGUUCUGUUUUGAAUAUCUUCAACGUUCAGCGACAUAAUGCCGGAGCGUACCAUUGCAUAGCGUCGAAUGGCGUCUCACCGACCGUGAGCAAACGGAUCAUGGUUACUGUGGACUUUGCUCCGAUAGUGAGGGUGCCAAUACGGCAAUACACGGCCGAAAUAGGACAGCGCGUUUCGCUGGAAUGUUUUACCGAAUCCCAUCCGGAUCCAAUUACCUACUGGCAACGGGGAAAGGGUGAAAUCAUUCUACCAGGUGUCAGCGAAGUCAAACAAUUCUCCGAGAAUGUUUACCGAGUAGCAAUGCAAAUCGUCGUGCAUCUGCAGAGAAACAGUGACUUUGGAAUUUACAAAUGUGUGGCCAAAAAUGAGCUGGGAGUCUCCGAGGAGGCCGUGAAAAUUCAGAAAAGGAUGAGUAAGAUAACAAUCCUGGAUGAACCGCCGACGAUAAUUCUGGAGGAAACUAACCCAAACACUAAAGACUCAACCAUCAGCCAACAGAACAAGUUUCGAGAUUUGAUACUGAGAACCAAAAAUUCUACCGCUUCCCGGACGACUCUGUCCCGUAGAAUGGUUUCCGCUCUCGUUCUGCUUAUAGUGCUAAUCUGCACAAGUCAAUCCUGACUGGUUCAACGCUAGAUUCUAUCGACUCCGUAGUGACGUUAACUGUGCUAACUUAUACGACCUAAAACUAAACCUUGUUAACAGUAUGGUUGCAAAACAAGCCAUCUUUAAAAAAGCAUUUGCCACAGAGAUACGAUGUUAAGCUGUACAUAAAAAUAUACAAUAUAGUGAAA